AUGGCGGCUUCGGGGAAGAGGGCAGGCAAAACAAAUGUUUUUUGGUCGAAGGAUCGUAUCCUUUCCGUAACAUGUAGUACUAACUUAUUGAUCCCUGAUUAUGUUGCUAAUAUAAUCGCUGAUUCGUUUUGGUAAAAAAAUUGUUAAAGUAACACAGAAUGAUCUGACUUAAAACGAAAUGUUCAUGGAGCAAAAUUACCAAAUACUUUGAUCUAUAGUUAAGCUUAUAGUUUUAGACCUUUCGAAUUUACAUUGAAUGAAGGAGACCUCGUUACUUCACCCUUUACUUUGAUAUUUUAAAAAUGAUCUAUAUGAGACCCUUUGCCUUUUAAAAUCCUCUCGUUUCCUUCGUUCACAAACCGGUAUAAUGAAGAAAAUCUGAGGAUUUGACAAGAGCAUUUCAUUGUAGACUGAGAUAUACCUGAGGUCAUGGUCACUUUUAAUUUAUUAUUAUUUGUGUUUAAACCUUGACUUAAUUUUCUUGGUGAAUUCAGCUAAUGAUCAAGAUGACAAAAUACUGAAACUGCACAUGCCAGGUUAGAUAGUACCAUGAUGGUAAAAUGAUUAUUAUAUAUUGCACUCACUCUCAGUCUUCAACGCAAAAAGAGAAGUUUCAUUUAUCCAAGUAGCCUUAUGUUGUAUUUAUUGUAUAAACAGUAAUGAGAUACUAAACCAUUUCAAUUGAUUUUUUUUGCUGCAAAUGGUGUGAUUUAUUAUGUAACAAUAGCAAUGCUACUCUUUUCAUGUGUGGAGAUGACAUGUCAUUUUAACAUGUGAGGAUAUCAUGUUUUCGUGCAAAAGCUCACUGGGUAUUUCAUUGGUGAAUAUACGAUGAUACUACAACAGUUUUUCAUGCACGUGUUUUAUGGGGACUUGUACUCAUAAUGUGAAGCUUUGGUAUAAAAAAAACUUGUUUUACAAUAUCCUGCAAAAUGAGUUGAAAAACAAUGUUGAGCUUUUUACCAAAACCUGUUAACAACCUGAUUUGUUGCAAGACAGGUUUGAUCUGGGUGGUAAAACGCGCAACGUCACUAUUCAACUCGUUUUGCAGCAAUGUUGCAAGACAAGAUACAUGCUUUUUGUGGUCAAGGACAAAACAUGGAGCCAGGAUCCAUGGACCACUUAUCUGGAUGGGGUCGAUGGACAUUUUUUUUAAGAAGGAGUCGAAAGGAGAAAUGAACAAUAAACAUUAUGUCUGGCAUCAAGCUACAGAAAUAUCGCAAACAAGGUUUGGAGGUGUUGAUCGCUGAUAUUUACUUUCUUUCCCAGUCUCACUCUCCAUUUUCGAAUUUGUGAUUGCAAGCAGCUGAGAUACUUCAUGAUAAUAGUUCUUUUUUUUAUUUCCAGGAUUCAAUGAUGUGAAUAUAUAUAAUUUAUUUCUCUAUUUAUUCUCUGAAAGCUGUGCUUUCAACCCAGUUGUCAAACUGACUGGCCUGGCCAAUCUAGGCCUUGUCACUAAAACUAUGAUAUUGUUGCAUGCUGUUUAUUUGCAUAAUUUAACUAUGCUGUUUUUUUAGGUGGGAGGGGGGGGGAGACCAAAAAAAAAGUGUCCAUGGACCCGGUCCAUUACAGGGGGUCCAUGUUUUGUCCUCACCUGUUUUUUUUGUUGCUUGUGUUAUUGUACUUUUAGGGAAAGAAGACCCCCAUUAAUGUGGUUGGCUUACUAUAUGCAAAUAGCUUUCAGAAAUUUUAGUUUGAAAGUACUGUUGGUUAUUCCAACUAGGAAAAAAUUCCUGGAGGAAUUUUAAUGUCUGAAAAAGUGGUGCUUAUUUCCUUGUUGGAGUACCGGUAUUCUAAGAAAAAAAAUGUGUUCCAGUUUUUCAAUCCCAUCUUUGAUACCAGUUUCAGGCUUUCACUGCUGUUUCUUUUUCUUUUCUUAAAUCUUUUCUUUGUUUUUUUUUGCUAAUUGGGGCUGAUUUAUACUAUUUUCUUAAGGUAAUUCUGAAGUAACAAAAACUCAAUAUAUAAACUCUUACAUGUAAAUACAAGAGAUACAAAAAGUGGCAACCAAAAUGGAGACAAGAGUGCAUUUUGAUUGUAAAAUUUACAUGCAAUACAGUCAACUCCCCCUUAUAAAUUGACACCUCUAUAAGCUGGACACCUCCCUAAGACAGACACCUGUUUCAUGGUCACUGCUAUUUAUCGGUCAUUUUAUUGACCUUUUAUGGUUUUUCAAUUUUUGACAUUGACAAGUUUGGCAAAAUCUGUCAACACCACUGAAAAGAGCACCUUAAAAUUAGUAGAAUUGCAAAGUUUGAAAGUGAUUUCUUGAAAAGGUAUCACUUUCAAAUUUGGCAGUUUUAGUAAUGUUAAGGUGCUCUUUCCAGUGGUGCCGAUGGAUUUUCCUUAUAAAAUGAUCCAUACAAAAUGUUGAAAAAACCAUGAAAACGUCUAUUCUCUCUAUAAGACAGUCAGAACUCUAAGAGGGACAAAGAACACUUUUGAAACCAUCAACGGACAAUAAGGAAGAGCUUUAUGUAAUACUGUGAAAAAUACCUCAAAACGCAAGUGUAGGUGCUCUACAUGUCAUUAAAUUAGCAUAUGGCUCUAUUGUAGUCUUGCUCUAGAUUGUAGAUUGUAUACUGUUACCCGUUAAGACUACGAAGCUGUGAACAUUUGCUUGUACUGAACAUUUGAAUAAUUCCCUUUUUUCUGUUACAAAGUUGCAGUUUUAGCUGUUUUGAACAUUUAGUUAAACAGGCUUCAGGUGUGUAUUCACUGCGAAUAGGUUCUGCUUUAAAAUUACUUGUGUCAGGUUACCUUGACUCACUAAAAGUUUCUCUAUCAACUAUGACAUAGACAAUCAGGGCUGGUGCCAAAGGUGUCGGUUUUAGAGAGAGUUUCAACAGUGAAAAGUGAACAGGGAGAAAAAAAUUACUCUUAUUAAAAAAGAGAGAUAUUGUGUUAGGUAAUGAGGUGAAUUUUUUUGUCAUUUCUGUUUUGGAUCUGUUUGUCUUUGAUAUCUAGAAAAAAUGGGAAACAAUUAAAAGUAGACUUCACUCAAAUUAAGUUGCCUUGUCUGAAGUAAAAUUUACCAGUCCUUGUGUUUUGUUUGCCAAUUUACCGAUUUGAUUAACCCUUUCAGUCCCAAUAGUGACCAACAUCAUUUUUCUCCUAAUGAUAUCCAUACAUUGUCACGAGAUUAUGUUAUGAGAAUUAAUAAAAUGAUCACCUAAGAGAAAAUGCUUUGAACUUUUAUCAAAUUCUCUCAACUCAAUCUUUAAAGACAUAUGUAGAGAUCAGUUUGGAGAAUUUGUAUGUGGAUUUAGGGUUAACUGACCGGUUUGCCCAUGUAAAUGGUAAACAACCACUGUGUCUUUGAUUGGGGCAUUUUCUUCAUCUUGAUAUAGGUGUGUGCGACAUAAUUAUUAUGUCAACAGACUGAAAAAGUCAUUUAAAUAGUAACUUGUUUCCUUGUCAUUUGAAAGUAAAUUAAUUAUUAUCAUUAUUCUCUAAUCAGGGAUGUUGCUUGAACCACACACCAAUGUCAAGAUGCCCAUGGUGAGAAAACCAGUUCACAUGAUUAAACCAAGGGUUGUUACUCUUCAAAAGUCUAGUCAUAAUUCACUGGAAAAAAAGUGUUUCCCACUGAAAACAAGUUCCAGCUACACAAACCAAAAGAGAGACAGCAAUGACUCUAAUUCAGCUUCAUAUCAGCGUCAACUAAUCCUUGGUAAGAGUCUUACAUGUAGUAAAAAUUCUCAGCAUACAGCGGUAUCUUGAAUGUUUUAUCAAUGCUCAAGAUGAUUUGACCUCAGGUCAAUGACCUAGGUGCAGCUAAUGAACAUCGUGGAUUCUUUACAGUUUUCACAGUAAACCAGUGUUUGGAUAUUAGUGCUUGUCAUCCAAACGCAUCAUUUAAUUUAGGUUUUUCUGAAAACUUAAGUAGGAAGACAAAAACAUUAAGUAGGCAGCAGGCUUUCAGCCAGACAUUGAAAACUAGCUGUCCAGAAGGCAUGUUUUCAUAUAAAACUAUAACAGAUUAAGUGAAUUUUCCUUGUAUUUCUUCCAAAAAUGGGUAUCCAUAGGAUGGCUGGACACCCUUCUUGCUAAAAACUUGGUAGGCAGCAAAUUAUUGAAUUAAAAGUUGCAUUUUUCAUGCUGCACACACUGGCUGUGUUUGGGCGAAGGUACAUUGCAUGGGCAGGUAGCUGCUUUUCUUUCAUAGUGAGAGAGACAGGGGGCCUCUCCAAGACAAGUGCACUUUAGUGCAUUUUGGGUGAUAUUAGGGAAAAUUUAAGCCACGAGGAUUGCAUCUUUAUAUACCUACAUGUAUAUUUCCUUUACUUUUGCUUUUGCUCCAUUUCCCCCUCACGUGUUCCCCAGCACGCUCUAACAAAACUAGCAAAGAGUGAAAAAAACAAAAACAAAAAAACAAAAGUUAACCAGUGCCCGCGUUUAUCAUGUUUGUUUUUAUGGAGCAAAUUAAUUGCCAGAAUUGAUUGAAAUACUAUUUUGUCAGCAGUCAGCAUGCACUUGUGGUUUUUGACAAUCAGGAAAGCUUCCUUGAUUGCACCUUUAUUAAUUUACAUUUUUGUUAAUUAUUUCACCUUUUAAAGGUGAGAGACCCAAAAGAGAACAAGGGAGAAAUACAAAGCAGUUUACUCUAAAGGAAUUGAAUCCUCAAGACAAGAAACGAGUGGCUAACCUGGUUAAAGAACUUGCUAAAGUUGGUGAGGAACGGGUGUAUGCUGAAGAGAAACUUCAAGAAGAGAGGAUGGCAUUUGAAGAACGGCUUGCUAUCCUGCAGGAAGAAUAUGAUGCCGUUAUUAAAGAGAAGCACCGUAUCCUUUCUUGUUAUGUCAAUACUAAACAAUCAUUGGAUGCAGAAUAAUCAAGGUCAAGGGAGGGGUUAUCAACCGAAGCCGAAGGCCGAAGGUAAUUCUGGAUAUCACAAAAACCGAAUCUAAUAAUUGUUUUAUUACUUUCUUUCUCGCUUCGACAUAAAAUGUUUUCAAAGUUUGUGCCAACUCUUUCUUUUCCUCCGGUUCUGUCAGUUUUUUCUCUUUCAUGUUAUCAGAAAACAGCUCCUUUGCCACCUUCGUUGACCUUUUCGUGUUUUGUGAGUCCUUGUCUUCAACUAUUUUUUCGAUGUCUUGCUCGGUCAACGAAGCAGACCUGGAAGUCAUGUUUUUGCUUCUUCACUGACGGCAAGUAACACAAAGCUCGCAAACUUGACGUGAUUACCCUUAGAAAUCAUACACCACGGUCAUACAUGACAUGAAUGCCCGUGACCUUGAGUGUCCUUGACUUGAUUAUUGUAUAAUCCGCAGCUAGAUGAUGUCCCAGGCGCUGAUUUCGAAAACUCACUGUACCCUUUCGGCCAAUCAGAAAAGAGAUAGUGAGUUGAAUGGAUAAUAAUUGAGAGUCACAUCAGAUACACUGUAUUUGUUCACAGUGAGAGAUUGACACUUACAGACAAUUACAUAUACGAAUUACUGGAUUUUGUCACCUUAAACCUCGACUCGUUGCCAUAGACAGCAGCCGACUUUUCGCGACACCACCACUGGUUUCCCCGCGAAAUGACGUCUGAGGAACGAGCGAAGUAAUUCCAUAUUGAUGACGUGUCACCACUCUGAUCGCGACAGUACUUCUAAUUGGUCUAGCGGAGAGAAAAAUUUGCUUGAACCAAUCGGAGGCAUUGCGAUUUAGGCAGUAACACGUCAUCACUGUGGAAUUUCUGCGCUCGUUCCUCAGCUGUCAUUUCGCGGGGAAACCAAUGGUAACGUUGCGAAAUGUCGGCUUUUCCCAGGCUACUCUAGGAACGCAUGAACGGUCUACAGGAUUCAAGACAAAAGGUGGUUGAAUUGAAAAAGAGGAACAGGUUAAAGAGAUUGAUUAUGCUCAAAUUUAGCUGGACACCCUUCACCGUUUUCAAGAUUACUCAAGAAUUGCGUAAAUCAUAAAUUUUAAUUUGUUUAUUUAGACUGACCACGGUAUAAAGCUAAUGAAUAGUAACUUGGAAAGGCUUUCAUUUAAGUGAUCCCAGCAUAUCCUUAACAUGUCGUGAAGACCUGCAGAAGAGGUUUGUGGAACUACAGGAGCUGCUGGUUAAGUAUCAGUCAAAUGGAAGAACUCCAUCACCAAGAAAACCUGUGAAAAGUGUAGCUUAUGAACAAAAUGAAAUACAUCAGGUUUGAGACAUACAAUCUCUCUCUUCUAGCUCCUGUUUAUAUAAAUAUAUAGAUUGUUUAUAAAAUAUAUAGAUUACCUAAAUCACUUUUCUAGUCCUCGUACGACGUCUUCCCAGGCCUUCUCGGUCAAUGCUUUUCGGGAACGUUACUAUCUGAAGCCCCGUGCAAACCGACGCAACAUAGUUGGCCAACAACUCCCAACAUUGUUGGAUUUUGCAUGUUGGGUCCGUUUGCACACUCUGUUGCAUGUUGUUCCUUCUUGUUGGGAGUUGUUGUGAAAAGUUGGAAACCAGUCAAACUUUUAACUACGUGAAAACGGACGCAGCAACUCCCAACAUUGUUGGCCACGGCAAGGAGACUCCAAAACUCGUUCGGACCUCGUGACCCGAAACGUACAGGCUGCGCGAAAUAACGAGGUUAGGGACUAGGCUUCGUGAAUCACUAUCAUUCUUUUUGGCCUUUUCAAAAAGUACACUAACAUUUUUGGCUGAAAAUCAUUAAAUUUCUGUUUCCGUUUAUAAUAUCCUCGCUAUGCACUAUUAAAAUUAGAACAACCAGCGCCGCUUCUGAACAUUCUACAAGCAUUGAAUCGCUGACUACGAUAUUUGAUUGGAAACACGUGCGUGUAGGUACAGUACAUGGCUCAUAUACUUUUAAGUACAUGAGACAACAAGUGAGAACGGAACAAGAAAUAAACUAUACAACUUGUUGUCCUUUUUUAUAGUUUUAAAGUCCAAGAAAGACUGAUGCGUUUUGGGAAUUUUGUCUCACAAGCCGGCGGGAAAAAAGCAUCAAUAUGCUAGGAAAGGAAUAUGAUUGUGCAGUCGACAAAAAAUGUUAAAUAUAUAUUUUUCAGAUCUCAGGUGACGUCUCAUCAAUUCCUCCAAGCGCACCUUCAAACAGUUUACCCUCCAAACCUGAGCUGACAGAAAUUCCAGGAAAUACAAGACCAAAUACGAGUAGCACCGAGACUGUGAGUGAGAAGCUCAGUUCAAAGUCUCAGUUACCGUUACCUGUGAUUGCUCCGCAAGCGAGAAUUGACUCCGCUCCUCACGAGAAAAGUGAACCCCUUCAUCAGUUAAGUUCUUUUCCUCUAAGUCAGCCAAGAGAAUCUGUACGCGGGAAAUCGAGCUUGUCACCGCAGGCAAAGCAGAUAGCGGAAGGUGUACUUGGUGGAUGUCCGCCUGUGGCUACACACACAAAUGGUAAAGAAACUUCUCAGUCACGUGACCAAACCGUGAUAAUACCACAUACCACGCCGGGAGAUGUACCCGCAUUAAAUUCGUCGAAUCUGCGUGAAACAAGGUAAACUUUAGGCUACAUUCACACGCCAGCGGACGAAUUUUCGACCAGCAAAAAAAUUUGACGGGACACUUCGCUCUGUUCACAGAGUUUAAAGUGAUGGGCUCCUGGUUCACACGGAACUGUGAAAGGCUAGCCAGUAGGAGUCUCAAGUUUCGUACGGUUACUGAAGGUGAUUGCGUGGGAACCGAUCACCUAAACGCGUGAAUUUUCAACCGGUCGAAAAUUCGUCUGGUGCCUUGUAAACACAUCCUAAUUCUUUGUCUUUUAAGAUCCUUAUAACUUCCCUAAAAUAUGUUAAGCCUAACUUCGUAAUUUCUAGGUAGUUAUGUGCGUGAAUAGGCCAUGUCUUCCCGUGCCUCUGUAUCAAAACGAGGUAAAGUGCUCAACCUUUGAUAUGGAAAUGAUUUUUCAUUCUCACACAAAUAAAAGUCAUUUUCACAAGAAAGGUUGUGCACUUGGCCUCAUUUUGAUGGUGAGGGUUUUUGGAACUCGGAAGUGGCCUGUUCCUGGACCUGUGGGAAAGAAUGUCAAUUUUCAGGUGCUAUUCGUACUUGUGAUCACUGAAAGAGGGACAUGUUGAAUUGUCCAUGGCUUCAAAUAUUUAAAAUCACACGAAAAACAACAUUGAUAAUUACCAAGGGCCAAAUAACCAUCUGUUUUAACUGCGGCUGUUCUGUUAUAUCUGAACAACAAAGUAGCUUGUGUGUGUGUGUGUUUCUUUGUAAUUAUUAUAUUUUAUUUUUUGCCUUUGUUAUUUGUUGUUGUUUUAGUUUAAACACAUCCUCGUCCGUUACUGGUGGUUACCAUGUCCCGUCGUCCAUCCCCCAGUCACAGCCUGCGGUGCAGCAUGGUCCUACAGUUAUGUCCCAGUACCCGACUCAUGAAAAGCACGUGUUUUCUGUGUUUGGAGGUUCCGAACCAAGGAUACCACCACGAAAGAACGAAGACAGGUAGCUAUUCUCUAUUCAUUCGGCAAACAAACUGCUUUCUUUAGUCCUGUAGUUGAAACAUACAAUGUUUGCAGGUAGCCAUUACGACACCUGAAUGAGGAUCAUUUGUUUAUCCCUGUACUAAAAUCUCCCCUUACAGUUAGCGCACCCAGUCCAGGGGCCCGUUUCUCGAAAGUCCCGGUAACUUUACGGGCCCGAUAUCAAAUAUUCAAAUCGAAAUAUAAACAAUAAGAGCGCGGGUCCUAGCCAGCAAACUACUCCAUUUUGUUUCAUUGACUGACAGUUUUAUCGUGUUAGAUGCAAAACUGUUGAAACCUCGAUCUUUAAUGUAAACGGAGACAGCUUACCGGGCCCGUUAACUUUCGAGAAACGGGCCCCAGGGGCCCGUUUCUCGAAAGUCCCGAUAAUUAACGGGCACGGUAAGCUGUCUCCGUUUACAUUAAAGACCGGGGUUUCAGUAGUUUUGCAUCUAACAUGAUAAAACUAUCAGUUAAUGAAACAAAAUGGAGUAGUCUUUUAGCCAGGACCCGCGCUCUUACUCUUUUUAUUUCUACUUGAAUAUUUGAUAUCAGGCCCGAAAAGUUACCGGACCUUUCGAGAAACGGGCCCAAGGGGCCCGUUCCUCGAAAGUCCCGGUAACUGUACGGGCCCGAAAUCAACUAAUCAAAUUGAAAUAUAAAGAAUAAGAGCACGGGUCCUGGCUAGCAAACUACUCCAUUUUGUUUCAUUAACUGAUAGUUUUAUCAUGUUAGGUGCAAAACUAUUGAAACCUCGAUCUUACAGCUUACCGGGCCCGUUAAUUAUCGGGACUUUCGAGAAACGGGCCCCUGGCCAGGACAGGUUGGCCAUACCACUAGGGUCUACGUCCCCUACUCUUUUUAAACAGUGGUGUGGGUUCUUUUACGUCCCACAAGAACCAGAUAAGUGUAAGUGCUGUGAGACAGCACCUACGGUUUUUCGUCCUUAUCCGAGAAGACUAGAAAGUCUAACAGUUUGCAGAUGUCAUUAAAAAGGCAACACUUUCUUCUCAGUUAUAUAAAGACCCUGAGUGUUGGUCCAGUAAGGGUUUGAACUCGCGACCUCCGAUCCGCUCAGCAGACCGUCGUUCACCCAACUGAGCUAACCAGGCGGCGGUUACAGAUCCUUUUGUUUUUGUACCAGGUCUUUCUCAGAAGCGUCUGGAGUAUCAGGGAACUUCUCAGCUGAGCUGGAUGCUGUGUACCGGUUAUACUGCCGUGAAUACGAGCUCCAAUUACAACUGCAGCAACAACAAAUUGAGCUACAGAAACAACAGUUACAGCUUCAACAGCAACUUCAACAGGUUGAGACCCUACAACAACAGCAGCAGCAACAGCAGCAGGAACAACAACAACAACAACAACAACAGCCACCGUCGUCAGUGAAGUCACCAAAACACGUGCUAACUGCUGGUCAGGUAAUUUGUUUUGUAAACUCUUCGAAUACAGUUCCCAUAAGCGACCACCCAAGAUGCGAAGAUUUUGUGGUCGCGUACGGGCCGGGGGUGGUCGGUUACGAGAAUCAAUCAGUAGAAGAGGUCCAGGUCCGGACACCUUUUAUUCACUUUGUGAAACAAAAAAUUAUGUCACGCAAUUUCAAAAGUAGGAUAUGUGUAGCUCCAUCCCAUCAUUUAAAGUUUCUCGUAUACUCUGCGUAGCGUAUUACAAACAGCAAACAUAGAGAUCACACCAUGCGUCUAGCGGUCGCUUACAAAUGACAAGUUGAAAACAUUGGAAAAUUAUAAAGCGGUCAACACAAAAAGUGGUCGUGGUCGCUUAUAAGUGGUGGUCGUUGACGAGAGGUUCUAACUAUAGGGCUUUGACUUAGAAAACUUUGAAAUUUUGGUCACUCAUUGGAGGUGGUCGCCCAUUGAGGUACGAAACGGCGGCGGCCACGGAAAUGUCAAAAAAGCAAUAGGUUUAAUUAGCAAAACAACAACUCUGCGCGGGCAUCGCAUUUUUUAGUACAUUUCUUUGCAGUCCCUGCAUAACUACGACGUAAAAUGACCAAAGUUUAAGUUGACUUGUGAACGGGAACGGCAAGGCGAUAAAUUCUACUAUAUCUGCUCUUCUCUUCAUCUCCAACUCAAAUUCGCUUUUUUUAAGUAACCAGGCGAAUUGGAAUAAUCGCGAAAAAAAGCGAAAGGAUGCAAACUCUAUUUUUGAGCGACGUUUUCAUGGACGUCGCCGUUGUUGGAUCGUAAAGUCCCUAUAAUCACACAAGCUACAACUGGAAAUUAUGAUCACUAACAAACUAACAAAGUUGCAAGUAUUACAUCGAGUGCAAUAUCUGGCCUGAUACCCUCAAGAGUAACACUUGUUAUCGAGAUAAAAGGUUGGCAAGUUAGCACAGCUCCCGAUCUCCCAGGGUCCAGUUGUUCAGAAGCUGGAUAGCGCUAUCAACCAGGCCCAAGUAGUUGGAAAGGUAGACAAUGAUAUCCACCGGAUAAAUCACUAUCCAGUGGAUAGCCUAAUUGGUUUCCGCGCAUAUGGUGUUUUUACGAACAUGCUCUUACCCUACCAUAGGCUUUAACUGGUCGAAUGAAUCAACCCAUAACAGUCGUAGAAGAGACGCCUGCUCCGUCUCCACUGCCCAGACCCGCCUCACAGCCCCGUCAAGUGUCACCAGCUCGAUCUCUGAUACCCACCCCUGAAGGUACGUGUGUUAUACUGCUGCCACGGUCACUGAAGUCCGGUUGUAUUUUAGAGAAGUCACCCACUAAUUCCAUUUUUUCUCGCUGUUAUAUUCUCACGUGCUUUCUCGCGUUCACAAAUAUUGGUUACAAUCUUUAAGCCACUUGCGGAGUCUUUUUCUAUUGUCUUUUUUUGAGAGAGCACUGCCUGUGUUAAGUUUUAUCUUCGUUGAAAUAUUUAUUAGGUACUUGCGAGAUUUUUGACUCUCCUCGGUAAGUUGCGUCCGUUAUUAAUUAUCUUUGAUUCCUUGUAGGUUCUUCUUCCAUUUUGUCAAACGGUCGUUUCUUACCAGGUGCAGAUGUACAAGGAUCGAGGGCGGAGUCGUCUGUCGGAACGUUUGUAUCAUGUGCACCCUCUGAGGCUGAAAUGUCUCGUGGAAGGGCAAGUAACAGGUUGGAACCCUUGCAGUAUUAAAAUUUAAAUUGUUGUAUAUUCUUGUUAAGCUAAAAGUUUCUUGAGAGUUUGAUUUAGGAGUGUGCGCAGGUUAAAGCAUUAACUGAAACGUGUGAAGAUUGUAAGGGGGCCAUGUCACGAAGAUAUUAUUGCUGUUAUUGGUCAAUUCUGUAUUUUGACGGAAGUCAUUACUUUGUGCCUCCUUUACCUACACACAAAAUGCUCCUGCGCAAUUAUGAAGAAUAUAUCAAACAAAUUUGAUCAGGGAGCACUAGUUACCAUAAUAAUUUUUGGUGAUUUUUGCAGGCAAAGCAUAAAACUUCAAAAACUUGGCCAACUUUUUCAAGUUUCAAUCCAUGCCCAUCCUUGUCAUCCGUUACAACAAACGACAGCAAACAGUAUCAAUACCUAAAUAUAGUCUUCAAUAGCAAAACUUGACCAUUUUUUUAAAAAAAUUCAAUUGAUGCGAAGACAAGAUUUAACUUUUUAAAAAGGCAGCAAAUAGUGUGACAUAGCCCCUUUAAAAAGAGACGAGGAAUUUUGCUCUCUCCAUUUUUUAGUACGCUUCCCUAAUAUUAACAAUUUGUCCAUUUAUGUGUUACUGUUUAGCUGUGUUCAUGUAAGUUAUUAAACUCAUCUUUCCCUUUCAUGCCUAACUCUUAAAAACCAAUACUUCUUACCCUGCGUGCAGAGGUUUCUUUCUGGCAUGGCUUUGUUUGCAAACUAACAACGCGAUUGACAAGAGACGCGAACGAUUUCGUAAAUGCUAAAGGCUGUGCCAGGAAGAAAUCUCUGCUCGCUGGGUAUUGCGUAAUAAUUUCUCGUCUUUUUUUCUUUUUCUUUUUUCAUCGUUACGGCUAUUUAUUACAACGAUAUAGACGUUGGGAUACUAAGAUAACAUCCUUGCAGAAAAUACUGGCAAGGCAUAUCUCUUAUUUUUUAUUUCUUCAUCGUUUAGAGUGGAACUUGGAAAAGAAAACAGAGAUCCUGUAGUUCCAGACUCCCACGAACGAGUUAUGUCUGCGCCUCCGAGUCUCCCUCAUUCAAGGCAAAUCUUAGAACAUUAUCAAGAGCCUCGAUAUCAACACGAGUUCAUUGUACCCUCGACUCAUUCAAAUUACGUGAGAUAUUCGAGAAAAGAUAAUACCCAAGCCUCUUCACAGCGCAUGAACGGAACUCUCGACGUAGUCUAUCACAAUGACGGUUUGUUGAGUUCCAGGAGCUCUUGUCAUAGCAACCAUACAGACGCUUCAUUGAGAGAAAGAAAAGAUGAGGACUUUUAUGUUGUGCCAAAUCUGUUUAGUGGAAGAGCAAGCAGUAACUUGUUUCAUCCAAACGUAGAUCAAGAAAGCGCCGUUGAAAGAGGAGAGUCCAUAGCAGAACGGCUUCAAACAGACGAAGGAUCUAAUACUCAACUUGCAUUUCUUGAGCCUCAUUCAGCAAAUCCGUAUAGGCCAACAGGCUCAUUGAACAGAGAAAUUUCUGACAGUGAUCAGCGGUUUUCCUUGUACAGUGAAGUUCACUCACGUUAUGGCAGGUACGAAUAAGUCAUUUCAGGCUCGGUUCUAAUAAACAACACUUACAACGCAGUACCACGUAAUGGGUUGUAGUAAAAUUUUAUUUUCCAAAUCAUAGUGCAAGCAGUGACAAGUGAAGAAAAUCACCGUCAUUUAAUUAUUAAAGUCAUGAAGUAAAAAGCUUAAACCAUAAAGCUUAAAUUGUAAAGAUGAAAUAAUCAGCAUGUCACGAGCUUUGGACAAACACCGGGCGGGCGCUCUAUCCACUGAGCUACGGAGAACUCAUGGAGAGAUGGAGAGCGAGGCCAUAUACUAGGUUCAUAUUUGACCCGCGUCCUGCAUACUGCUUGGAUCAGCAAUAUCGAGAUCGUACUGUACGGUGAAAGAAUGAAAGGUGAUAAAUUUUAUUCUCGGUGAACAAAUGUGAAGAUGAAUUAAUCAGCAUGUCACUAGCGUGUCUAGGUAAUUGAAAUAGGCAAAACGUUUAGUGAAUUAACAGCGUAUAGGUAAUAGCUUGAACUUUCAACAGUGAAAGUAGUAACCAUAGCUUUGAAGUACUUUACUUAAGAUUUGCAAACUUCUCUUGUCUGCCCGCGGUAAACCUUCAGUGUUACCGUCCAAUGACGCUGUCCUUCAUCUUCCCUGCGAAAGUUCGCUUUUGUAUAUCAAUAUUUGAAAUAUUAUUAAUUUUUUAGGAUACCAUUAGACAGUGGAUAUCCGCUUUCAGUGGUGGACAUUGUAGAUGGGUUGGAGGGUGA